CAACAUUGCGAGUUAACGUCAUGCUGGCACCGCACGCGGUAGCGCUCUCUUCGCUCCGGUCGCGUUCGCAUCGGCCGUACGUGUUUAUGAUCACGUAAAAUAAUUCCGGUUUUAUUUAGACCAUCCGUCGGUUGAGAAUAUUCUAUAAUGGUGCAAAAGAAGCCUAAGAAGAAGGUGGGAAAGAAAGUAGCGGCCGCACCUUUGGCUGUGAAAAAAGUCGAGCAGAGGAAGGAAGUCAACCCUCUGUUUGAGAAGCGUCCACGCAACUUCGGCAUUGGCCAAGACAUCCAGCCCGUUCGUGACUUGUCGCGCUUCGUGAAAUGGCCGAAAUACAUCCGCAUCCAGCGGCAGAAGGCUGUCCUCCAGAAGCGUCUGAAGGUGCCGCCACCAAUCAACCAGUUUACACAGACUCUUGAUAGGCAAACAGCUUCGCAGUUGUUCAAACUUCUGCAGAAAUACAGGCCUGAGACGCCCAUUCAGAAGAAGAAGCGUCUGCAAACCAAGGCCGAAGCUAAAGUCGCCAAGAAGGAAGAGGCGCCUUCCAAGGUGCCCAAUAUGGUGCGUUCUGGCACUAACACUGUCACCAAGCUGGUGGAGCAGAAGAAAGCACAGUUGGUCAUCAUUGCUCAUGAUGUCGACCCAAUUGAGCUGGUUCUGUUCCUCCCCGCACUCUGCAGGAAGAUGGGUGUCCCAUAUUGCAUUGUCAAGGGCAAGGCGCGUCUUGGACUCCUCGUCAGGCGUAAAACUUGCACAUGCGUUGCACUCACCCAGGUUGAUUCUGGCGACCGCGCCAACUUCAACAAGCUUGUGGAGGUCGUCAAGACGAACUUCAAUGACCGUGGUGAUGAGUUGAGGCGUCACUGGGGCGGUGGUAUGCUCGGCUCGAAGUCGGCGGCGCGUGUUGCCAAGCUGGAGCGUGCGAAGGCCAAGGAGUUGGCGCAGAAGCAGGGCUAGGAUGCGCACCUUUGGUGUUAAUGUUCGAUUUAAAUAUAAAACAAUCAUAAAAAUUA